ACGCACAGCGCCUGCUUGAUUGUUGUGUAUCGUCGGUGCGAAAAACCUUCCAAAUGUGGUCGUUGAGCCCCAAAAUCGGCCUCUGUGUUAUCUCGUGAGUGUUUCAACUCGUCCGACGCCUCCAAAAACAUGCAAUUUCUUGCUUUUGUGUUGUUUUGUGCCGAAUUCAGCGUUCCAUUCAACGCCUCCUGUCAAACGUAGCGGCUGCAAAUGGCGUCAGAUAAUGAAGCUACUUGUGAAAGUGAUCCGAAUUUCGCCGUUAUUUGCGCUUUUAUGGAGAAAUUCGGAACGACAUGCGGCUUGCAAAACAUCGACUUCUUGCUGCUGCAGGAGAUGCUCGAAAACACCCAGGAAGUACCUCAAGACCUGAUCGACCUACACAUCAAGCUCCUCCGGAAAUCCCGGAAAAGCGUCUCCAACGAGCGUUGGGAGAGAGCCAUAAUAAAAUUUUGCCACACGUUUUGUUCACAAGAUGCGUGGGAAAUCGAACGUUUCGGCUACAAAAAGGCUCGUCUAUCUUCAAAAAUCCGCGUACUCAAAGAACUCCUCGAAAUGCAGUUCGAUUACAACACGCGUUUCAAGGCCGAAAUAAACAAAAUGUCGGCUGAAGAACUCCGCUCGCAGCCAUUGGGUAAAGACAAACAAGGCCACGCCUACUGGUACCAGGACGACAUCAACUGUCAAAUUCGUGUGUAUAAAGAAGAUCCCGACGAAGAAACGUGGACUUUGGUUGCUAAGGAUAGGGACGGUCUUGUGGCACUAAUGAACGAAUUGAGUGACGGCGAUUCGAAGAUCAGUUCCGAAUCAGCGAUAAAUGAAGAAGAUAGUAAUAGUUUAGCCGAGAAACCAAUCAUAGAUACUGGUCAAGUCGAUUCUUCUUCUUCCGAAUCGAAGAAACUGUCUGGCGAUUCGGAUAAUUCCAACGAAGAAAACAUAUCACAGCUGGAGGAAGAAGAAGAAACAUCAUCGAAACGUCGACGUGAGAGCGAUGAAGAAAAUGAAGAAACAAAGAGACCGAAAUUGAGCGAAGCGAUCGAAGAGCCGCUCAUGUUGGUCAAGGGCGAAGGUGCUGGUGAAGAAAACAAAGAAGUGAGUCCGAUCGUCGGUGAAGAAAUUGAAGAAGAAGUGAUGAUCUUCACCGGUGAAGGUUCGGGUCGCGAUUGUGAGACUGGAAAUGAAGAAAAACCGUCGACUAGUGAAUCAAAAGACGCUAAAAGUGAUAGUGAUUUUGUCAGUAUUAACGAUUCGAAGAAUUGUGUGAAUUCUUCAGACGUUUCUUCUGUAAAAAAUCCUCAAUACAAAUUAGGUACGAUAAUCGACACGAAGACUGACAAUAAAUUUUUUAAUACGGUUAGGAGUCCGACGAAGAAAUCGCGUUGGGAUGUUGAGACGAUUAUUGCGAAAGAAGCACCACCGAUUGAAGAAAUACCGAAGAAACCAAUGUUUUUCUUCGGUCCGGGGUGUCUUCAAUUUAAGCCGGCGGCGACAGUUGGAUUUGGACAAAAAGUGCCUCAGGAGAAGAAGAACGAAGAUUUGGACGUGUUGCCAACGAAUGCGAAAGGCGAUAUUGGUUAUAGGAUAGAAGAAAAUGAAGAAACACCAAAACAUCACCAAGAUACUGUUGAACCAGUGCCUGUAGUUGAAGAAACGUGCGUUAAAAAAUACGCGUAUGUGUGCGGUGACGGUGAAGAAAAUGACAAUCGCAAAAGUGAAAAAAAUGAAGAAACCAAAGUUGAAACAAAAGAAGAAACUACUGUUGUUGACAAUAAUACGGUUGAAGGUAAAGAAGAAAGUGUUCUUCACACGAAAAGUGACUCUAUUUGUGACGUCAACAACGUUGAAACUAUUGCAGAAGAGGCGAAAAAGGAAGAAAUUAUCGUCGAGCCUAAAAAAGAUGAUGUUGAAACAGUGCAAAUUGAAGAAAAUAGGACAACAAAUGAAGAUAAAGAAAACGAAGAAACUGUCGACCUUAAAAAAGAAGAUAUUGAAGCAGUGCAAAUUGAAGAAAAUAGGACUACAAAUGAAGUUAAACAAAACGAAGAAACUGUCGACUCUAAAAGUGAAGAUAUUGAAGCAGUGCAAACUGAAGAAAGCAAGACAACAAAUGAAGAUCAACAAUCGGUAAUGGUCACUGAAGAAAGUUCAGUUGAAGAAAAUUUAACUGAAUCUAACAAUAAAGACUUCAAGGUGAUUGAAGAACCGGAAAUCACCAAUGAAGAAAGUUUGAGUGAAUCUAAAAAUGAAGAUAUCAAGUUAGUUGAGUCGAUAGAUAGUAAUGACAAAAAUUUGACUGAAUCCAAAAGUGAAGAUAUUGUCAAAGAGGUUGAAGAACUAAAAGUUCACGAACCUAAAAAUGAAGAUACUGUCAAAACUGCUGAAGAAAUCAAAAGUGUAGAUAGUGUUAAACUGAUUGAAGAACCCAAAGUGAAUGAAAAUGAAAGUUUAAGAGAGUCCAAAAACGAAGAAAUUUUCCUAAUCACUAAAACUGAAAAUGAAGAAAGUGCUAUAACCGAAAGUUUUUCAGAGCAGAAAAGUGAAAAAAGUGCUGUAAAGCUGCAAAAUGAAGAAUCAAAACCUUUGAAAGUAGAUGAAGAAAGCACAAUUCAAAUUACGAACAAACUGACUGAUCUUCCGAAAGAAAUAAGUGAAGAAAAUGAAGCAAAAUCUUUAAAUGUGGAUAAAAGAGAAAACUUGAUUGAGGCAAAAACUGACGAUGCUGUUGGUGUAGAAAACGUUACUAAAGCGGUUGAAAAAUUUGAUGACAAAAAUGUGAAGAAUGAAGAAGAAAUAACCGAGAUAAAACCUGAAAUUGAAACUCAUAAUAAAGUAAAUGAAGAAGUGAAAAUGGAAGAAAAUUCUGAGUCGAAACUUGAAGAUGUUUCAAAAACCUUGAAUAGUGAAGAAACUGAAGAUAAAAUUGGGGUUAGUUCAGAAAAUGCGAAAAAUGAAGAGAAGGUAUUGUUGAUUGAAACACCAAAAGUGGAUUUACAAGAAGAAAAACUUCCUAUUGUUGAGAAUUUGAAAGAAGCAACAGCUCCUACUACUGAAGAUACUCUACAACCAGAAUUGAAAGAAGAAAAAGCUCUUUUUGUUGAAAAGAUCCCAAAACUGAAGUUGAAAGAAGAAACUCCAAUUGUUGAAAAAUCACUUAAACCAGAAUUAAAAGAAGAUAAUGCUACGGUGAUUGAAGAACCUUCAAAACCGGAAUUAAAGGAAGAAAAUGCCUCGACUGUUGAAGAUCUUUCAAAACCAGAAUUAAAAGAAGAUAAUGCUGCGGUGAUUGAAGAACCUUCAAAACAGGAAUUAAAGGAAGAAAAUGCCUCGAUUGUUGAAGAUCUUUCAAAACCAGAAUUAAAAGAAGAUAAUGCUGCGGUGAUUGAAGAAUCUUCAAAACCGGAAUUAAAAGAAGAAAAUGCCGUUGUUGAAGAAACAUCCAAGUUUGAAUCAGUUCAAGAACAAAAUAAGGAAGAAAUUGAAGAAAAGGAACAAAAAGGAACGGCGAACAACAAACGCGGUCGCAAGAACAAUUCUUCUGAAGCAUUGCCAGAAGAUGAGAAGAAACCCCGAGUUACUCGACGAACGACGCGAUCUUCAAAAAACGGCGAAAAGCAGACAGAAACUGUUGAAGAAUUACAGGCACCAACACGUCGUGGACGUCCACGUGCUUCACAAAAGACCGAAAAGGACGAAAACGGUAAAAAAAUGAAGAUGUCGGAAGAAAUUCCAGAAGAAAAUGAAGAUGUGAAGGAAGUUUCUGCUUCUUCUUCACCUUCUGCGCCCGAAACUGUUAUAGUAGAGAGUAGUAGUAGUAGUGACAUUGUUGAAAUUCAAGAUGCAGAUCCCUUAGCAGAAGAAGAACCUAAAGAAAAUAAAGAAGAAGAAACUAAAGAAAAACCGAUGUCGUUAAUGAAUUUUUCAUUAGAUUUUACCGAAUCGCCAACUCCAACGCCUCCUGUGACUCGCAGCGGUUUGAGAAAACGAAGCCGGGAGAGUCCCCAAAAUGCGGAAGAAAUUGAAGAAACGUCAGGAAAACGAAUGAAAAUGAAAGCAAAACGCACCGUUGACGUUAAGUUACGCAAAAGUAUAGAAGAACAGAAGAAAGCUGAAUUAGUGAGCAGUGACGAUGACAAUAAAAACGAAGAGAAAAAGAAAAAACCCGCGAAGAAAAAUGAAGAAAGCGGCGAAGGUGAAAAAGAAGCCACCGAACAGUCGAAGAAAGACAAAACGAAGAAUAAAAAUAAGAGGCUUUUGUCAAAUUUGGGUAUUGAUCCUGAGCGGGCCUUGGAAAUCGAAGAAAAUCGGACGGUUGGUGUACGACAAUCGCGACGUAUCGCCCAAUUGAAGAUCAAAGAAGAAGCCGAACGAAGAAAAUUAGAAGAAGAAAUGGUACAAGAAACUCACAAAAAGAAGAAAUCGAAAAAGCAUGAAGAUAAGGACUAUAAAGUCGAAAAGAAGAAAUUGAAGAAUGAAGUCGACGAUGAUGAUCAAGAGGAAGACAGUGCUGAUUCAAAGAAAAAGAAGAAGAAGAAGAAAAAGAAGCAUCGUAAAUUAUUUGAUGAGUUCAAUCCGUGGCGGUCGAGUAGCGAUUCAAGUUCGUCGGAAGAAGAAGAAGAGGAAGAAAUUGCUGAAGAGGAAGAAGAAGAAUUGCAAUAUGUUUCAGAUCAUGAGUUUUCGCCCGAAAGCGAUUUGGAAGGUGAUGGUGAAGCACAACCGUUGAAGAGAGCAAGAACGGCGCGUAAAGAAUCUGAUGUUGAAGAAGUUGACGAUUGUCCGUGUCAAAAAUGUGGUAAAUCUGAUCAUCCCGAAUGGAUUUUAUUAUGCGACAAUUGUGACAAUGGGUGGCACUGUUCUUGUUUAAGACCGCCCCUUUUAGUCAUACCGGAAGGUGAUUGGUUCUGUCCGCCAUGUCAGCAUGCUUCACUUAUCGAAAAACUACAAGAAAAACUCAAAGAAUACGAUAAGAAAUUGAAUAAGAAAGAAAUUGAAGAUCGAAGAAAGCAAAGAUUGGCUUAUGUUGGCAUAAGUUUGAAUAGUGUAUUACCAACUAAAGAUACCGAAAAUAUAAAGAAACGUCGCUUGAGUAUUGAAGAUGACGAUGAUGAUGAAGAUGAUGACGAAGUUGAAAAUGAUGAUGAUGCGGAAGUUGGUGAUGAAGAAGAUGAUGAUUCAUCGAGUGAAGAAUCCGAAUCGGGUUCUGCUUCAGAAUCGCGAACUGGAAGUGAAGAUGAACCGAUUUAUCAAUUAAGACAAAGAAGACAAGCACACAGUUAUAGAUUUAAUGAUUAUGAUGAAUUGAUAAAUUCUGCAAUUCAAGAUGAAAUGGAAGCUGUUAAAGGUGCAGGGAAUCAAGGACGUGGCAAAGACAUCGCAACGAUAGUCAAUGCUGAAAAAGAAGAAGAAAUGAAGAAAGAAGAAAUUGAAAAAGAACCACCACCACCAGUUGUCCCCGUCAACGACAAAGAUAAAGAAGCAAAACCGGUAUUUUCCGAAGAUGAAACGAUUCAAUCUUCACGGAAGAAAAUCAUCGGACGGAAGAAACACCGCAAAUUAAAUUCAUUGGAUAUCAGUAGUGAAGAUGAAGAUUCCGAUGAAGAUUUCAAAGGGACAAGUUCUGAGUCCGAUGAUGAUUUCGAUGAAGAUUUAGGUAGUGAAGAUAGUGAAGAUUUGGAUAGUGGAAGAAAUCGUCGACGUGGUGAAGUAAUAAGAAGAUCAACACGUGCGAGGACGUCACGUUACGAUGCUGAUUUUAUCGAUGACGGUGAUAGUGAAAGUGAAGAAGAAGCACCGCGAAGAAAGAAGAAACGUUCGAUUUGGGACGAAUCUGAAUCGGAAGAAGAAAGCGAUAGAUCGUGGGGACGACGACGCAAAAAACCAGCAAGUCGUCAAAAGAAAACCACAACGAAGAAAAAAUCUAAGAAGAAGAAGAAAAGUGAAGAUUCCGACGUUGAAGUGUACAAAAAGAAGAAACCGAAGAUUAAGUUCGGAUUAGAUGGUGAAGAAGGUCCCGGGAGGAGGACUCGUGGGAAGAAAAUCAACUAUGUUGAUGCUUUAGGGUCCGAUAGUGAUGAAGAUCGAGUGAAGAGACCACCACCGAGGAUUGAAAGUGAAGAAGAAUACGUUGCGAAUGAAGAUGAAAUUGAUGAAGAUGAUAAAGCGAGUGAAGAAGAAGCGGAAGUGAAGAAACCAAACACGGAAAAAGUACAAAUUCAGUCGUAUACCGAUGCUAGAUUUACACAAAUUCUUCCCGAACCGAAGAAUAUUCUUCAGGAAGAUGGUGAAAGUGAUUUGAAUCCCAUUGACCAGAUUAAUCGGAAUGUGGAAAUGAUGGAUGAGAACCAAAUGGAGAAGAUGAUGGAAGAAGAAGAAUACGCCAAUAAACAGCUUCAAUUGGUCGCUCAACAGUUGGAGAAAGAGAAACGAAGAAAAGAACGGGAAGCGAAGAAAGUUGAAGAUUCGAAGAUGCAAUUCAUGCAAGAGCCCUUGGUCGGUAAUGUUAUUGUCAACUCGGAGAAUAAUGAUGAAUUAUCGGAACCGCCUGGUGUUUCGUUGCCACUGUUUGCCGAGUUAGGGGGCGAAGAAGAUGCGAAGAAACGAAGACAAGUGAAGAAUAAGAAGAGUUUGGAAGAAACUGUUGCGAAUUUGGGGAAGGAGAGUAAUAUAGAGAUUGCAGCGCCACCUCAACCGUUCUCUCAGAGUCAACCAACGCCAUCUGUGAUUACGAGGAUGUUGCAGAGUAAGCCUGGCCAACCGGGAUAUCCCAUUGGGGCUAUAAGGCCGAAGCAGUUUGCGGCCAUGCCCGAAGAUGACCCCCAUUUUGGGCAAGGGGUGCGGCCACCACUAUCAUCCCCGUACCGUUUCAACCACUACCCCCCUCGCAACCCGCCACCACUUCGCGCCCCUCUACCGCCCCAAAUGUACCACCCGCACCGCCCCCUCGAUCCGUCACCAUCAGGGGGCGGUACCAUCACAAUGGCGGAUCACUCCCCCGGCCGUGUUGUAUCCCCAGCGGCUGGUAGUCCCGGUGGAAAGACCGAAACGCCACCCCCGCCGUACUCUCGAGCCCCAGUGGGGCGGUUCCCUCGCCACAUGCAAAUGGUAGCACCACAUCUGCAACCGACUAGGCCUAAUCUAUCGCCGUACCAUCCAGGGGUACCACCGACGUACCAUUAUAGCCAGUUUGGGGGCCAGGAGGAUGCAGCCCCCAUGGGGGUGUUCCAGAAUUCGCCGUAUCCGCCGGAAACGACGUUCGAAGGGGUGAAUCCCGGAGAGAAUAGUAAUAGUAAAGCGUUUGACGAGGAGUCAGGGGGGGAGUUUGGGGGGUUAGUGUCGUAUUUUUCGAGUCAAAGGGAGGAUGAUUUGGAGUCGUAAUAUGGACCAACCACACAGUGGGGGUUUUAUAUCAGUAAGGAAUUAAAUUAUAUUUAUAAUGUACAGAAAUUAGUUCUAAUUUUUAUAUAAUUAACAUAGUUGUGUAUAUAUUUGUACAUAAUUAUAUGACUAGACAAAUUUAAAUAAUAACUCUAGUAUUACUAUUAUUAUUAUUAUUAUAAAGAAUGGGUGUUUUAAUGUGAUGUGUAUAUUCCUUAUUACAUAUUGUAAAAAGUAACAAAUUUAUUGCAUUUUUACAUAAAAAGCUUAUUUUGUGCAAAUCUGGUAGGUUUAUGUCACACUCGAAUUUAAUUUAUAAACAAAAACGAAUUGUUUUUAAGUACUCUUUUUUUUGGUAAUUUCAUGGGUAGCUUUUACAGAGUUGUUUAUUGUUUGUAUCAAGAACUGACAGUACACUAUUAUGGUUCUAAAAA